AUGUUACAACCAAUAGAAAAGCAGCGUGCAAGUCUAAAACCAGAAAGUUCACAGGCAAGAAGGAAAAGUUACAGGGAAUUUAGAAAAAAGUACAAGAAGAUUACUAAAGAGUAUGGCCGAGAAAUUAUCCAAGAAGGUAGUACAUUGGUACUAGGACUUGCAGAUCACUUUGAUGAAAUAGUCGCAAAGGCAAUGAAUGUCGAGAAAGAAUUAAUUACUUUAGCAAGGCAGUGGCACAUCACACUAGAAAGAGCUGCCUUUACAGAAGGUGUAGACAAAGUUAAAGAAGUUCUAGAAAGAGAACAAGAAGCAACAACUACUCAACAAGAGAACAUAAAAGAGGUAGUAGAAGAAGUAGAAAUGAGAAUUGAGGAAGAGCGGAUAACAGAAACAAAGAAAAUUAUGGAGGUUAAACCAGCUAAGCCUACAAGACAAGAUUUACAGCACCAAGAAACAGCAGAUAAUACUACUAAAAAAGAAGGAAAAAAUAAAGUGCUAGAAGGAAAUAGCAUAGAAAUUUUCCCUUGCAAGAACAAGAUAGAAGACAAAUUAGAGCAACUAGAAGAGAUAGGAAAAGCAAGAUAUGGCAAAUAUGAAGAAGCUAAGGCAAAACUAGAAAAAAAAAAAGAUGAAUUCGAUCAACUGAAUUUAAUUCUAGAAGAAAAGACUGAGAAAGAGAAUCCAAAGAAAAGAAAAGUACUACAAAAUGAAAAGAAGACUAAAGAAGCAAGAGAGACCCAGGCAAAACAAGAGCUUGAAGAAGUACAAAAGAAAAGAGCAACACUAUCAGACCAAACUGAAAAAAGAGAGUACUCAACAAGUAGUUCAAGUAGAAAAAGAAAGGAGGUACUAUCUGAACGAACAGAAGAUAAAAAAAUAUCUCCAGUUAAAGACAAAGGAAAAAGAAAAAUGUAUGAGCCAGAAACUUCCCUAAAAGAAAAAGAAGACUCUCAUAAAAGUAAUGACCUAGAUAGAGAACAGAAACCUUACUCAAGAAUUGAGGAAACUAUUACCGUAUGGAACAUACCCUACCAUAUAACAAGGUCACAAGUCUUUUUUGCAAUCAAAUAUCUAGAACGUGUCAAAAACAUCGAAAUGAUCAGAGAAAGCUCAGGAAAAACAAGAGCAGAAGUAUCUUUUGAAGAAGGAAGUAGUUUCAUACAGGGAAUAGAAACUUGGAUAGUUCCUCUCACAAAUGAACUUCUAAGUAGUUAUACCUACGAUGCUAUUAGAAUUCAAAAAGAAAAAGAGUUAUGGAUUGCAUUUCAAGAUAUGCGAAAAGCUUUUGAUUCAGUAAGCAUACACGCACUAGAGCUUUCUAUGAGAAGAAUAAGGCUUCCAAAAAAUCUGAUCACUUUCAUUAAGCAAUUAUAUCAAAACUGCGAAAUAAGAGUAAUAACAGACGAAGGCCUGAUAGACUUUUUUGUAGCUGGUGAUGGAAUUGAUCAAGGAGAAGUGAUUUCUCUACUAAUGUGGAGAAUAUUCUAUGACCCACUACUAGUCGAAAAGCGGGUUUACAGAACAGAGAAAGCAAUGAUUUCAGCGCUAGCAUAUGCAGAUGAUACUACGUGGGUAGUAGAAUCUCAGCAGGCAUUGCAAGAAAUUAUCCGG